AGAAUCGUAGCCAUAAUGGGCGAGGCAGAGCCGAUAGUAAACUUUGGCGUCGUACUGGAGGAGAUAUUGGCAGAGAAAUUACCAUUAAAAUGGAAAAUUUUGCAAGUUUUUGGUCCUAUUAAGGGAGAGAGAGAGAGGUCAGGAGGAGAUGAGAAGAAGGCUUUAAAUGCAGGCACAUGGGUUGGAAGGAGGACUUCGAGCAAGUGCUGCGGUUUCUCCUCUUGUCUGCCUCCUAGAUACACAGGAGACUUCACGUGUUCUUGCUUUUCUCGUCUCUGCUUAUCGCUUUCUGUUGUUUUUCUCGGGCAUCGGGAGCGGGAGAUGGAAGAAAAGAAAUUGUCUUUCGUCGAUGAGUUUUUCCCUGAAAAGGAGCCUGCUUUGCCCUCAAAAUCCGAUAUUUUGAGUACCAUCUUCCCUCCACGAUCGCCGGUUGCAGUGAAGGAUUCAGUUCAUUAUGAAGUAUCGGCCGUGAGGGCAACAAAACAAGAGAAUGAGGGCCAGAGUUUGACUGAGCAGAUGGGAGCUUCAAGUGGCAGUUUCCAAGUUAGCCCUGGUAAAAACCAGGAACAGGAUGGGUUGAAGAAAAACAAUGACCCCAAUGUGCCUUGUGAAAUAGCAGAGCCUUGUCUUAUGAGUUCAUCUGUAUAUUAUGGUGGCCGGGAUGAUUUUAUUCCUGAGAUUUCAUCUUCUUACAAGUCUGAUAGCGCAAACAAUUACAAGAAGGAUAGUGAAGAUGGUAAUAAUUCGGAUGUGGCUAAUCGAGGGGAGUGGUGGCAAGGUUCCUUUUACUAUUGAAGAUAUUAUCUGAACAUAUAUGCUCUCCAUUUAGGUUUCAUGGAGACCUUAUAACUGCUUAUGUAGGUAGGAGCUGUGUAUACUCCUAGUGGAACAGAGGACUUUUAUCAAGCUCUGUUGCUACCGUUAUCUAGGAAGUUUGAUCGGUUCUCUGGUUUUAAACUUCUUAAGCUUUUUAAUGUAACUAUUUAUGAGGUCUUCAGCCCCAACUUUAAAUGUAGGGAGCUUGGAAGGCCGCUUAGCUGACAAAUGUUUCAAAACCCAAGAUAUUAAGUACCGUUAUGUCGAUGAGUGGCUACUUAUAAAAGUUGAUUUGAAUGUUUGCUUUAAAUGUAUUAAUAUGUUUCAUUACCUAUAAUACUUGUUUCACUCU